UCAGAACGAUCAAUUGGUAUCUUCUGCCGGCAUCUCGACACACGAAGAAGUCAACAUGGGCAAAAUUAUCGUCUUACUGGGCCUAGCCUUAAUGGCUUGUGGUGUUUUAGGAGAGCCAGCAAUUGUCGUGAAAUUCGGCAGAGGACCUGCGAUCGGCACCUCAUAUUAUUUCACGAUGCCGCUCACGCUCAGUUCGGCUAUUGAUGAUUACGGUUGGAUAGAGUAUGAGUCGCCGGUAUCAGUCCUCCCAAAUAUCCGUUUGUACUGCGCGCCCGAAGGUGUCUGGGUGUGCAUCUUCUACGAGGACAAUGGCUUGCCUGCUGGUCUACAAAUUGCCGCAGAGAAGAGCAAAUUCAACGGCAAGGUGCUGGACUGGGACAUACAAGGCUACACAAGCUGGAGUGUGGAAGUGCAGGGCGUCGUGAGGGAGUACUGGACCACACAGCAAUACUACAUGUCUAAGGAACUCCUGGAACUGAGCUGCGAGGACAGACUGGCAGCGUACGACACAACAGAUCUAUUGAAAGGAGCGCUGUGGGUGUCUGGAUUUAACAGAGAGUUGCGCGAAAUUCCCAAAACAGGCAAAGGAAUGUUGGCGGACGGUUUCUACCUUCACAACUGUAUCCCUGGAAUGGGCUACCAUUACUAUUACAACAUGACUGAGGAGCUUGUAUGCGGAUCCGACACGUUGGUGCCAUGGGCGCCGAUGACAAGAGAUGACAAAGUAAUCGGUGUCGUCUUGAACAUGAUUGGUAAAAUCAAAUUGGAUGCCGGAGAGAAAAAUUAUUAUGAAGACCCUACUGUUGCUGCUAUCCGUAGCAUCGUGAGUACAGGUCCCCAGUGCCUUUACGACGCAGCCACCACCCCUGGACUCACCACCAUGCACGUCUUCUAUGUGACAAAACCUAAUCUGAUCACUUGCCCUAAGAAAGUGUAAAAGAAAUCAGUUGAUUGUUUUAUAAUUUAUAUAAUGUUAUUAUACUUUUAGUUGUUA